GUCAACGUAAAACAAUAUACGAAGAAAUCUUGUUCGUCGUCGUAGACAAAAAAAGGGUAUAGAUGUACAUUUCGAGCGCAAAAAUGAAUCAACAUCCGCAAUAAAUGUAUAAUUUUUCAAGGUUUAAGAAGCGUUCUUAAAAUCUGAUUGUAACAUAUAGUUGAAAAUUAGAUUGUAGUGCAUAAGAACAAAUAAAUCAUGCAGUUUAAGUUAAUCCUAUUGUCGUUGUUUUGCAUUUGUCAAAAUGUAAAUAAGGUGCUUACAUUUUAUGUUCCGGGCGUUGCUCCGGUUGAAUUUGUCAAGGGUCAACCGAUUAUGGUGAAAGCAGUUAAAAUGACCAGCACACGAACACAGCUGCCAUAUGAAUAUUACUCGUUACAUUUUUGCUUACCGAAAAAUGGUACGAUUAUUUACAAAUCGGAGAAUUUGGGUGAAGUAUUGCGUGGCGAUCGAAUUGUAAACACACCGUAUGAAGUACGAAUGGCCGAAAAUAUAAAUUGUAAAUUACUCUGCAAUCGAAAAGAUCAACCAUUGAAUUGGAACAAUGAACAAUCGAGCAAAGUGUCCGAACGCAUCCAUCAUGAAUACUAUGUGCAUUUAUUGGUUGAUAAUUUGCCAGUUGCGACGCGAGUGUUUAAUCCGGAAACAAAAGAACUACAAUUCGAACACGGCUAUCGUCUUGGUCAAGUUGUAAAGGACAACACAUACAUAAACAAUCAUUUGAAAUUCAUAUUGUCCUAUCACAUGCACACAAAAGAUAAGUAUCGAGUAGUUGGAUUCGAGGUGGAGCCAAUGUCGGUUUCAGUGAGUGAUAUUAAAUUCGAAGGCGAUACAUGCAAUUUUCCAGACACAUCAAAGCCACAAAUUGUGGUUCCGGAUGCAAACAAUCAACUAUAUUUCACAUAUUCGGUGGAAUGGAAGGAGUCAGCUGUGAGCUGGGCAUCACGUUGGGAUACAUAUUUGGCCAUGAGCGAUGUACAAAUUCACUGGUUUAGCAUCAUCAAUUCGUUGGUCGUGGUAUUUUUCUUGUCUGGAAUUCUAACGAUGAUUAUGAUCAGAACAUUGCGUCGAGACAUCGCACGGUAUAAUACUGAUGACAAUUACGAAGACACAUUGGAAGAAACCGGUUGGAAAUUAGUUCAUGGCGAUGUAUUUCGACCACCCAAACAUCCGAGAUUGUUUGCCGCCGUUGUUGGAAGUGGUAUUCAAAUAUUUUUCAUGGCACUGAUUACGAUCUUUGUUGCUAUGUUGGGCAUGUUGUCACCAGCAUCACGCGGCGCUUUGAUGACAUCGGGCAUCUUUUUGUACGUAAUUAUGGGCUUAAUCGCUGGUUACUUUUCUGCUCGUUUGUAUAAAACAAUGAAGGGCCGUGAAUGGAAGCGGGGAGCAUUUUUAACAGCAACACUAUAUCCAGGAAUUGUAUUCGGAACGUGCUUUUUCUUGAACUUUUUCAUUUGGGACAAGCAUUCAAGCGGCGCCGUUCCAUUUAGUACAAUGAUUUCGUUGUUGUGUUUAUGGUUCGGAAUUUCGGUGCCAUUAGUGUAUUUGGGCUACUAUUUUGGCUAUCGUAAACAUCCGUAUCAACAUCCAGUUCGAACAAAUAUGAUUCCACGGCAAGUGCCGACACAACAAUGGUACAUGAGUCUACCGCUUUGUGUGAUGAUGGCUGGAAUUUUACCAUUUGGAGCCGUAUUCAUUGAAUUGUUCUUUGUAUUCACCGCCAUUUGGCAAAAUCAAUUCUACUAUCUGUUUGGAUUCCUUUUCUUGGUGUUUUGCAUUUUGGUAGUGAGCUGUGGCCAAAUUUCUAUCGUUAUGACGUAUUUCCAGCUAUGUGGAGAGGAUUAUCGGUGGUGGUGGCGAUCAUUCAUGGUGUCCGGUGGAUCAGCUGUCUAUAUUUUUGUGUAUAGCAUAUUUUACUUCUUCACAAAGUUAUCGAUUACAGAAUUCAUACCGACUCUACUCUAUUUGGGCUAUACGGGUUUGAUGGUUCUCACAUUCUGGCUGCUAACUGGAUCAAUUGGAUUCUUUGCCGCAUAUAGUUUCAUUCGUAAAAUUUACGGAGCAGUCAAAAUCGAUUAAAUGUUCAAGAGACAUUCUUUUCAUUCAAUUUGCAAUCAAAUAGUUUACUUUAUGUAUGAAGCAGUUUCAACAUUCUCACAUUGGAAUUGAGAGCUUACAUCAUUUAUUUUUCUUGUUCUCUAAUACUGAUCAUUUUAGUUAAUAAGUUUAAGUAAAAAGGAAAGAAAAGAAAAAUCUAUAGCAUUCGUUUAAGGCGCAUAUUAAUAUAAUCGAUAAAGUGUGAUUUAAAACGGAAAAGUUUAAAACAGUUUAUUGUAAUAAUUUGUGACCAAUAUGGAGUAUACUAAUUCAUAGCUAAUCUGAGAGACAAACCCAUAAGAUUUAUAAUUUGUCUUUCCAUUUCCAAAACUGAAUUUAAUGAAAAUAAGAGUUUCAUUCAAUUUGUUAUGCUAUGCCAAGUUGAAGAUGAAUAAUAAAGAAAUUUUUAAUAAACGAA